GCAGUGCUCUGACCAACUGAGCUAUGAAGUCACACAGUGGUGAGCAGGUCAAUAUUGUUGGGCUCUUGUAGAAACACUUCGCGCCCCAUAAUGGUCGAGAAUAUUAGGCGAUGGUCGAGAAUAUUAGGCGAUAGUCGAGAUUUAUAACAGUAACAAUGGUCAGCGGACUUAGAAGUAAACUUCAUGAUUUAUUUCAUAUUUAUAUAUCGAAUUGAUCAUUCUGAAAUAACUAAAAUGGCGGAAAAUAGAAAUACAAACAUUAUAGAUCGAAUUCUGGAAAAUUUAAACGAACUUUCUUCAAGAAUUUCACCCCAAACAAGUGCUGAAACAGAGGCAGAAGUAAGUCACAUUUUCAAUUCCAAUACAGCUAGACGGCGGUCUACAUCAGUUGUACCAACUACGAACACUACCGAACAAAAUGUGCCGAGGAGGAGUUUUGUCACGAGGCGAAAUUUUAAUACACAGCGCCCAUCUGCUUCUAAUCGAAGACAGAUUAGGGAAUCUAAAAGAAGGCCUGGUGCUAUAGAUAAUAGACCAUUCUUACGCGACCUUAUUUUGCUGGGAGGACCGAAUGCUUCUGUCGUUCCUCGUCAAGGAGCACGCCUUGCUCUUAUGGAACGGGGUCACAUGAUCUCAGGCUGCAGAUUCACCAAGGCAAUGAACGCUGCACAAGUGGAAAUUGCCAUAAUGGAAGCUUUUGCUGACAAAAUUCCAGCUGGUGUGGAUAUCGAAAUAUUAAUGUCGAUGCACACAUCUCUUGUUGUGCCAUCUUUGGCUCAUGGUCAGAUUGGCAUUGAUGGAGCAAUUUUGCAACGGCUCUUUCAGAGUAAACCGGUGUAUGUGCGACCAAACAAACAGAUCAUAAUUGAGCAUCAGGAAAAUGUGUGCACAAGAAAAAGUCAUGAUGAUUUACCUGAUAUUUUUGGUGAUGUGCAAAUGUCAAUAAGCUCUACCGACGCCAAUCAAGUGCCAUUGGCUUUGCCUCAAGAUACAGCACAAUCUCCAUUUUCACUGCCUCAAGAGACAGCACAAGCUUCUUUACAGUCAACCUCUGAUCUUCAUGCAGAUGUUGUACAGGAUACAUCAGCACAAUCUCCAUUUUCACCGCCUCAAGAGACAGCACAAACUUCUUUACAGUCAACCACUGAUCUUCAUGCAGUUGGUGUACAGGAUACAUUAGCACAAUCUCCAUUUUCAUUGCCUCAAGAGACAGCACAAACUUCUUUACAGUCAACCACUGAUCUUCAUGCAGUUGGUGUACAGAAUACAUCAGCACAAUCUCCAUUUUCACCGCCUCAAGAGACAGCACAAACUUCUUUACAGUCAACCACUGAUCUUCAUGCAGUUGGUGUACAGGAUACAUCAGUGAUGCAAGAAAUUCACCUCGUUGACGAAGAUGACGAUUUCAUGUUCCAAAAUCAUCCCAAAUUAAAAGAAGUAAUUGUGCACCGCUCAAUGAUUCGCCAUGAUAUUAUUGAUGUUUUCAAAGAUCCAGAAUUCUUAAGCACAGGUUGAACAUCACAGUUAUAAAUGCAAAUGGCUACCCAGAAGAAGGAGAAGGUGCAGGUGUGCUG